CCCAACACUAGUUAGAGGCCGAUGCUGAAAAAGGCAAAAGCAAAAAAUUAAAUUUCAUGUGUGUAAUAAAAUUGAAGCCGUAAUGUGCUCAAUUGCAACACUAUAACUGUUCAAGUUGUACGUGCAACUCGCGGCGCUUAAAAAUUAAGGAGCGUGGCCACCGUACAACCGCACACACAUUAUAAAAGCGAGUUCCGCCCUCGCUUACCCUUACGCCAAUAAGAGAGAAAAAAAUCGAUUUUGUGAUAGUGAUAACAGCGCUUACGCUUAAAACAACGCAGAGGCAGAGAGGCAAAUUCCGUGGCUUUUCUGCAUACUAUUUGAGAUCGAAGUGUGCACACAAUAUACACAAAUCGGUGGCAAUAUGAAUUUGGAUUUUACUAAAGUGUGCGGCAAGCACAACCUCGUCUAUGAGGCGUACUACAAACAGAUUGACCCAAAGGGCACUGGUGCCAUUGAGGCCAUGACGGCCGCUAAGUUCUUGAAGAAGUCAGGCUUAAGCGAUGUGGUGCUCAGCCGCAUUUGGGAUCUAUCCGAUCCGAAUGGCAAGGGUUUCCUGGACAAGCCAGGAUUUUUUGUUGCUCUCAAACUAGUGUCACUCUCUCAGGCGGGCCAGGUGGCCAAUAUGAACAACAUCUACAUGGAUACGGUGAAUCCACCGAAAGUGGGUGAAAUACCAAAGGCCCUACCUACUCGCAUACAGACGGUGCCAGUUGCCGGCGCAGGUGCCCCAAGUGGGGACUGGAGUAUCAGUGUCAUCGAUCGACUCAAGUAUGAGCAACUGUUUGAAUCGCUAAAUCCGCAGAACGGCAUGCUACCAGGCAACAAAGUAAAAGGCGUGUUGAUGGAUUCUAAGCUGCCCAUGAGCAUACUGGGCACUAUCUGGGAUCUUGCUGAUCAGGACAAGGAUGGCAAUCUGGAUAAGCACGAGUUUAUUGUCGCAAUGCAUCUCGUUUAUCAGACACUCCAGAAACGCACAGUGCCCAGUGUGUUGCCACCAGAACUUCGAAAGGCACCCAAGCCUGCGAUGCCACCGCCACCAGCUGUUGCUGGUGUUAAUGCUCCAAUGCCACGCGCGCCCAGUGGUGAGGGCUUUGGCGAUGGUGGCUUUGUGGCCAACUUUCCUAAAGAUAUUGCGCCGCCGGCAGCUAUACCACCAUUGCCAGUUGCUGUGCCGCCCAUGACACGCAUUCCACCAGUGGGAGCAGUUAGCGUACAGCCACUGAUACAAACUGAUCCACUGAUACCCAUUGGAGCACCACCGUCGGUGACGGCCAACGCUGAUUGGGUGGUCAGUCCAGUCGAACUACUAAGAUUUGAGGAAAUAUUCCGACAAUCCGAUUUGGACAAGGAUGGCUUGGUUUCUGGACUCGAAGUGAAAGACAUAUUCAUUAAAUCGGGUAUACCACAACGCACUCUCGCAGACAUUUGGGCACUGUGCGACACCAAUCAAUCGGGCAAGCUGACCGUGGAGCAAUUCGCGUUGGCCAUGUGGCUUGUGGAGCGUAAACAGCGUGGCGUUGAUCCGCCUCAAGUGCUAACGGCUAAUAUGGUGCCACCGUCAAUGCGUUCAAUUGUGUCUGGUGUGGAAGUGCAGCCGCAGGAGACAAAGCCGACAUACUCAAACCCCGAGUUGGAGAUGAUAUCCAAAGAGAUCGAAGAACUGGCACGCGAGCGCCGUGCCCUAGAAACGGAAAUCGCACAAAAAGAGGCCGAUGUGCGUAUCAAGAAUGGUGAAGUGCGAAGCCUACAGAGCGAAUUGGAUACCUUGACGGCUACGCUAAAGCAGCUGGAGAAUCAACGUGGCGAGGCACAAAAACGUCUCGAUGAUCUGCAGGCUCAAGUUACCCAAAAUCUGGCCGUGUUGGCCUCUGUAAGUCUUGACAUAACCCGCACCAGCAAUCAGGUGACCAAGAUACGGGAUCAGUGUCACAAGCAAGAAGAGACCAUCAACGAACAGGAGGGCGAAUUGAAUGCCAAGCGCUCGGAGCUGCAGAAACUCAAGGAUGAGGAAUCAGCGCUACAAAAGGAAUACGACAACAACAAUAGAGAGCUAUCGAAGCUAACAAAACAUCUGCAGAAUACACAGCUGCAGAUUAGUUCUGUGCGCUCGAUGGUCACCCAGCUGAUGGAAACACAGCGACAGAUGACGGAUGCAUUGCUAAUUUGUCGUGCUGCCAUGGAGAAUCAAAAUGCUGAACUUGUCUCGGAAUAUCAAUUGAAAAUCGAGCCAGACUUUGAUGAUGCCCGCAAAGUACUGCAGAAAGAAGUCGAAAUGCCCAAAGAUGAUCCAUUCCAGGAGAACAACAGCGGUGCUGCUAAUAAUGCUACCAAUGGCUUUGACAACGAUCCCUUCAGCGGGCAGGCUAGCAGCAAACCCACGCCCGCUAUCGGCGGCUUUGAUGACAGCUUCAAUAUGAGCUCUGGCUUUGACAGUGGCUUCGAUGCAUUUGGCCAGAGCAGCGCUAGCGGAUUUGGACAAACGCAACGCGAUCCAUUUGGUGGCGAUGCGUUCGGUGCAAACAAAUCAAAUGCCAUAACGCCAGAGCCUGGCAAAGAUGAUUUUGGCAGUGAUCCGUUUGCGGCGCUGCACGCGCCCACGGGUCAGGGUCAGGUGCUUAGUCCCAAUGCGCAACGUUCUGGCCCGCCACCCCGACCAGAAUCACCUAGUCCAGCUUUGCCACCAAAGAAAUCCAAGGUUCCACCACCUCGACCAGCUCCACCACGCGCAGCACAGCCUACCGGCGGCUUUGGCGCUGGCGGCGGCGGUGGAGGCGGAGGAUUUGCUGACUUUGACGAUUUUGACAAUAAGCUAAAAAACAUUCCAAUCGGUAAUCCAAACACCACCACGCCCAUACCGGCGCCUAAUACCACGCUGCUCGAUAGCUUCUCGCUGUUUGAUGACCCUCAAAGCCAGGGUAAGGCAGCCAGCACUAGUACACCAACACUGCCAACCCUGCACCCACAAGCCUCCACCCACACACUGCUAUCGACAUCAUCGGCAUCAGCAUCAGCAUCGACAUCGGCAUCGGCAUCGGCAACGGCAUUGACAUCGGCAUCGACAUCAACAUUGACAUUAUUAUCUGCAUUAGCAUCCGCAUCAGCCCCCACAGCAGUCAGCACAAAUAACCAACAUUUGUCGCGUUCCAAUACACCGCUGCAGACACAGGGCACAACGGGAACGGCAACGGGAACCGGAUCAGCAUCUUUGGCUGGUCUUAUUGAUGCAUUUGGCGGCACCAAUGUCAGCAGUAUCAGCAAGCCGGCUGCCACUCCAGUGCCUAUAAUACAAGGGCCAACCGACUUUAACGAUGACCCCUUCAAGGACUAUCGCUACGAGGAUCCCUUCAAUAUCAAAGAUCCCUUUGCAGAUGAUGAUGAGAGCACGUCUGCAGGGGAAGCGAGCAAGAAGAACUUUGCCGAGGACUUCAGCUCGGAGGAUGAGCUCCCCCCGAAGACCGUGAACAACAAUAACAAAUCAAAGACGGCCACACCCCUCAGCAGCGAAUUGAUGCAUCAGUUUGAUGCAUUCAAUCUGAAUGCCAGUCCCGCACCUUCGCAAAAGUCGGCCACAUCGAAUCCGAAAGCACUGGAUGCUUUUGCUGACUUUGACGACUUUGCGCUGGAGAAACCUGCAGAGGUUGGCGAAGCGACAAAGGGAACCACCAAAGCAAAUCUGAACAAACUCAACGAUUCCUUUUUCAAUGCAUUUAAUGACAAUUUCAAUGACAACAACUUUAACUCAAUCAGCUCGAAAAACAACGAACAUACUAAGGUCAACUCGAAUGUGUCCGCGUUUGAUGCUUUCGCCGUUCAGAGUACGACAACGACAACAACAAAGAAAUCGGACGCCAAGCUCUUUGAUGCAUUCAAUGAUAACUUCGAGGACAACUUUGGAUCUGUUAAGCCUGCAAACUCAACCACGUUGGAUACUAAUUUUGCCAAGUUUGAUGCGUUCGAUGCACACAACUUCUCCAACGACUUUGGCAAAUCGCUCAACGACAGCAAUGCAAACAAGGGCAAACUGAAUGGCAGUGGCAGCGGUACCACCAAGAAGAACCAGGAAUCCCUGACCAAAAAAAAUAAUGAAAAGUUUGCAGCGGACUAUUCGAAGCCCGAGAGCUAUGACGCCGAUCUGGAGGAGGCCCUCAAGCGGAGCAUACUCGAUAACUGAAUCAUUUGGCUAACCAAAAACAGUUAUUAAUGUGAUGUUGCAUACGAACAAUCUCGACAUAAGCGAUGUGCAUGCUCGCAUUAAACGGCUAUAUACUAACUAGUACAGCUAUACUAUACUGCGUUUUAAAGCAACUUUCUAAACUGUAAAAUACGCAUGCUUUCAAUUCUUAUAGGUCAUUUGGUGACUACAACAUUGCAAUAGUCGUGUAUCUAUACAUAUAUAUAUAUAC